AUGAAGCCGCAAAUCACCAAGCUCUUUCUUCCCCUUUUCCUUGCCUUCCAGCUGUUGGGGGGAGCUCCUCUUGCGGAAAGUUUUUCCGACAAACAACCCGCCAAGUUGUUUGUCAAUGUUGUCGUUCACGAUCCUUCCGAAGCCAUUAGUGGCAAACUUGGAGCCAAGAUCAGCAACACCAAGUUGCCCGGUUUCGUGAAGAGUCGAAUGACCAAACGAGUCGAUGCCGCCGCCAAACGAUUUGUCAAACCGACCAUGAUUGCGGGCAAGAUGGCGGAGAAAAUGAGUAACAAAAUACCCGAGAAAAUGGCCACCAUGGGUGUGACUGCCACGGUAGAGGAGCACUAUCGAGAAGCCAACUACUUUGUCUUGCUGAUGCAAGUACGACGAGUGGAUAUGGCCACCAUGGCAGAGGCCAAGACUGAGAACAAGUCAUUGGGUGGCAAAAUACAAAAGGUCCUCGGCUUUGUUGGCGCCAAGAACAAAGAUAGACUAGAAGCCUACUUUUUACCCAGCCUCAUCGAGAAGAAGCUUCCCGACAUGAUGACGAGCAUGAUGGGGGAGAAGAUGGGAGAGAAAGGAGUCAAAGCAGAGGCCAAAGUGCUUCCGGAGGAAAAACAGCAAAAGUUUUUUGAUGCCAAGAUUCGACAAAUCCGAGCUGCAGUGGCGGACUUGGAAGUGGAGGGGGAACUUUGA